UAGAUUAGGACAAAUAUGUGUGCAUAAACUUCUCUUCGCUUAUAUGUCUCGUUGAAAGUACAAAGUUAAUUCAGUAUGGCUCAACUACUUGGUUCUAAUGAAAUUGAGUUUUUUAGAACUGAGCUGAGAAGAAGUUUAAGAUCUUUACUUCGCCAAGCAUCUAAUCCGCGUGCUAAUUCAGAUUUAACUUCUGUGAACAACCAUGAUGAGACAGAUGAGAAUCUUCUUAUGUGGGCUGCAAUUGAAAGAUUGCCAACAUAUUCACGGUUGAGGUCAUCUUUGUUUGAUGAAGAAAAUGGAAAGAAAGUGGUUGAUGUCACGAAGCUACUUCCACCUGAGCGACAACUGUUUAUUGAGAAACUCAUCAAACACAUUGAGCAUGACAACCUUCGGUUAUUGCAGAAACUGCGGAGACGAACAACCAAAGUUGGUGUGAAAUUUCCCUCUGUGGAGGUGAGAUAUGAGAAUAUUCGCGUGGUAGCCGAGUGUGAAGUAGUUCAUGGCAAGCCUCUUCCGACUAUAUGGAAUUCUUUGAAAAGUAUGCUUUUUGGAAUUGCCAUGAUACCUGGUUUGAAGUCUAAACGGGCAAAGAUUACCAUCUUGAACGAUAUCAGUGGUGUCAUCAAACCAGGAAGGAUGACUGUACUUCUUGGUCCUCCAGGAUGUGGGAAAACCUCUUUGUUGAAAGCACUUUCAGGGAAUCUAGACAAAUCUCUCAAGAUUAGUGGUGAAAUUUCUUACAAUGGAUACAAACUAGAAGAAUUUGUCCCUCAGAAAACUUCUGCAUAUAUAAGCCAAGAUGAUUUGCAUAUUCCUGAGAUGACUGUGAGGGAAACACUUGAUUUCUCAUCCCGUUGUCAGGGUACUGGAAGCCGUUCAGAGAUUAUGCAUGAGGUUAACAAGAGGGAGAAAGAAUUAGGGAUUAUUCCAGAUCCAGAUCUCGACACUUUCAUGAAGGCAAUUUCCGUUGAAGGACAAAAGACAACUCUUCAGACAAACUACAUACUGAAGAUUCUUGGACUUGAUAUAUGUGCUGAUACAAUGUUUGGAGAUGCCAUGAGGAGAGGAAUCUCUGGUGGUCAGAAGAAAAGAUUGACUACAGGGGAGAUGAUUGUUGGUCCUGCGAAAGCUUUAUUUAUGGAUGAGAUAUCAAAUGGAUUAGACAGCUCGACCACAUAUCAGAUAGUCACUUGUCUUCAGCAGUUGGCACAUAUAACAGAUGCUUCUAUACUCAUUUCACUUCUUCAGCCAUCACCAGAAGCAUUUGAUCUCUUUGAUGACAUUAUGUUAAUGGCGGAAGGUAUGAUUGUGUAUCAUGGGCCCCGCAGUAACGUUUUAGAGUAUUUUGAGGGUCUUGGUUUUAAGUGCCCUGAGAGGAAAGGUGUAGCUGACUUCCUCCAGGAGGUUUGCUCAAAAAAAGAUCAAGAAAAAUAUUGGUGCCGAACGGACCAAGCAUAUAACUAUGUUUCAGUACACACGUUAAACAUCAUAUUUAAAGAAUCUUAUUUGGGAAAAGAAGUAAAUGAAGAUAUCUCCACACCCUUAACAAGAUUGCAAAGCCAUGAGGGUGCAAUGUCCUUCAACAAAUAUUCUCUUUCUAAAUGGGAUCUUUUUAGAGUUUGCAUGUCUAGGGAAAUUCUUCUCAUGAAAAGAAAUUCUUUUGCGUACAUCUUCAAGUUUGUUCAGGUUCUAAUAAUUGCAGUAAUCACAAUGACUGUAUUUUUUCGAACAAAAUUGAAGGUUGAUGCCAUUGAUGCAAAUUAUUAUCUUGGUUCGUUAUUUUAUUCACUUGUAAUUCUUCUAGUUGAUGGAUUCCCAGAACUAUCCAUGACAGUUGCAAGACUUCCAGUUUUCUAUAAACAAAGGGAUAUGUACUUCCACCCUGCUUGGGCAUACGCAAUUCCCGCAUCCCUUCUUAAAGUUCCCCUAUCAAUGUUUGUAGCCAUUAUUUGGACAUGUCUCACUUACUAUGUUAUUGGAUACAGCCCUGAACCAGAGAGGUUCUUUCGUCAGCUAGUGUUAAAUUUCGCGAUGCAUUUCACGUCAGAAUCGAUGUUCCAGUUUUUUGCAUCAGUAUUUCGAACUGUGGUUGCUUCUACCACUUCGGGCAGUAUGGCAUUAUUGUUUCUGUUAUCGUUUGGCGGAUUUAUUUUACCAUACAAUAAAAUGCCAACAUGGCUAAAGUGGGGAUUUUGGGUCUGUCCACUAUCAUAUGGUGAAAUAGGCCUUACGGUGAAUGAAUUUCUUUCUCCUAGAUGGAACAAGAUAAUGCCUACAAACACAACGAUGGGGCUCCAAAUACUUCAAAGCCGCGGGCUAGAUUUUGAUGGGUACUAUUUCUGGAUUUCACUUGGGGCCUUGUUUGGUUUUGCACUACUAUUCAACAUAGGCUUCGUCAUGGCUUUAAGCUACUUGAAGGCACCUGGAACUCGCGCUAUUAUUUCAAAGGAAGUGCUAUCUCAAGAACAUGGAAAUGAAGUGUCCAAACACAAGACUCACAAGGAUAAAACAACUACAAAAUAUGUUACUUCUGUCUCUGAGCCUAUUAAUGAAGGAAAGUUGGUGUUACCAUUUGAACCACUAACACUUACCUUUCAAAAUCUGCAGUACCAUGUCGAGCCCCCACCGGAAAUGAGAGAGCAUGGUUUCACAGGGAAAAGACUUCAAUUACUUCAUGACAUCACAGGGGCUUUUCGACCCGGUGUUCUUACAGCAUUGAUGGGUGUAAGUGGUGCUGGAAAAACAACACUUCUUGAUGUUCUUUCUGGAAGGAAAACCAGUGGCAUUGUUGAAGGAGAGAUAAAGAUUGGGGGGUAUCCCAAAGUUCAAGAUACCUUUGCAAGAGUUUCAGGAUACUGUGAACAAACUGAUGUACACUCUCCACAAAUUACAGUUUUAGAAUCAAUUACAUUUUCAGCUUGGCUCCGUCUUCAUCCGGGAAUUGAUUCAAAAACUAAAUAUAGAUUCAUAGAAGAAAUCUUGGAAACAGUUGAGCUUGACAGCAUAAAAGAUGCCUUGGUUGGCAUUCCUGGAGUUAAUGGUUUAUCAACCGAACAACGCAAGCGGCUCACAAUUGCUGUUGAAGUUGUUGCUAACCCCUCCAUAAUUUUCAUGGAUGAGCCCACUACUGGACUGGAUGCCAGGUCAGCUGCCAUCGUCAUGCGGGCUGUGAAGAAUAUUGUUGAAACAGGAAGAACAAUUGUUUGUACAAUUCACCAACCAAGCAUUGACAUAUUUGAGGCCUUUGAUGAGUUAAUCUUAUUGAAGAAUGGAGGGAGAAUGAUCUACUGUGGGCCGUUGGGUUGCAAUUCUAAUAGGAUUAUUGAAUACUUUGAGGGCAUCUCAGGGGUGCCAAAGAUUAGAGACAACUAUAAUCCAGCAACAUGGAUGUUAGAGGUUACUUCAUCAUCAAUGGAAGCUGAACUUGAAGUUGAUUUUGCACAAAUUUAUUCUACAUCAACUCUAAAUCAGAGCAAUAAAGACCUUGUAAACACAUUAAGUAAACCACCUCCAGGUUCAAAAGAUUUGUAUUUUCCAACACGUUUCCCACAAAACAGUUGGAGUCAGUUCAAGGCCUGCCUAUGGAAACAGCGGUUGUCAUAUUGGAGAAGUCCUUCAUACAACUUGAUGCGUUCUUUGCAUAUUCUUUUCGCAUCAUUUAUGUUCGGGCUACUCUUCUGGGGCCAAGGGAGGAACAUAAAUAGUACCCAGAAUAUAUUCAAUAUACUUGGAUUCAUGUACUCGGCUGUACUUUUUAGUGGCAUAAAUAACUGUUCUUCAGUUAUUCCACAUGUUUCAAUGGAGCGAACUGUUCUUUACAGAGAAAGGUUUUCUGGUAUGUAUGCCUCAUGGGCAUAUACUCUUGCACAGGUGGCAAUUGAGUUUCCAUAUCUGUCCGCGCAAUCACUUGCUUUCGUUUGCAUCACGUAUCCAAUGAUUGGAUUUCAUUGGUCAGCAUACAAGGUAUUCUGGUAUUUUUAUGCAUUCUUGUGCACAUUGAUGUACUUCACCUAUUUGGGGAUGCUGCUUGUUGCCAUCACACCAAGCUUUCCAGUUGCUGCAAUUUUACAGUCUGCAUUUUACACGAUAUUUAACUUACUUUCUGGAUUUUUAAUUCCCAAACCAAAAAUUCCCAAGUGGUGGUUAUGGCUGUACUAUCUGACUCCUACAUCCUGGUCUCUUAAUGCAAUGCUUACUUCUCAAUUUGGUGAUGUGAAGAUGAAGAUUGUAGCUUUUGGGGAAAUUAAAUCUGUUGAAGACUUCUUAAAAGAUUAUUUUGGGUAUCGUCAUGAACAGUUACCACUCGUGUUUAUUCUUCUUGCUCUAUGGCCAAUUGUUCUUGCUAUUCUGUUCGCAUAUUGUAUAGCCAAACUGAACUUCCAAAGAAGGUAACAUUUGCAGUAUAAGUCAAACAUUUGCAUAUUAUUGUAAAUUCUGUAAGAAGUAUAUGAGUUUUAAAAUUGUAAUAAGUGAAUAUAGUUCAUAAUACCAUGCGGGUCAGAUAUCUUGUUA